AUGACUACUUCCAUCAAAAAUCAACCAAAUCUCCCUUGGGUUGUGCAAAAAUAUGGUGGAACAAGUGUUGGAAAGUUCUUGCAUACUAUUUCAUCCGAUAUUACACCAUUCUAUUUAGAGACUAAACGAGUUGCAAUUGUUUGCUCUGCGCGUAGUGGAGAAACAAAAGAAAAAGGCACCACGAACAAACUUUUAAAAGCUACUCAAUCUGCAUUGGAAGGAAAAAGCCGGUACCUGUCAAUUGUCAAUGAAAUUUUACAAGACCACUUGAGCACUGCACGACAGAACAUUCAGACCCCUCAUAUAUUAUCUUGGCUUGAAAAUCAACUAGAAAAAGAAAUAAUAAAUCUUGGGUCUUUUCUACAAGCUACAGAGAUUUUGGGCGAGUUAUCUCCAAGAUCAAAAGAUAUUGUGAUUGGAAUGGGUGAAAAACUGGCUUGUAUGAUUGUGGCUGCUGCUUUGCAGGACAAGGGAAUCGACAGUGAGCUCGUGGUGUUGAACGAUAUAAUCGAUCGUGAAUUUACUGUACUCGACCAAGAAUUUUACGACUAUCUUGCUCUUCGCAUGGGCGACAUCAUAAAGAGAUGUGGUAAUAGAAUCCCUGUAAUUACAGGUUUCUUUGGUAAUGUUCCUGGUAGUUUGCUAACUUCCGUGGGAAGGGGCUACACAGACCUGUGUGCUGCUUUGGUAGCAGUUGGUUUAAAUGCCCAUGAAUUGCAAAUAUGGAAAGAGGUUGACGGUAUAUUCACUGCUGAUCCUCGCAAAGUAAAGAGCGCGCGGCUUCUUACUAUAAUCACACCUGAAGAAGCGGCUGAAUUAACUUACUACGGCUCAGAAGUUAUACACCCCUUUACUAUGGAGCAAGUCAUAAGAUCCAGUAUUCCGAUUAGAAUAAAGAACGUGGAGAACCCGGUGGGACAAGGCACGGUUGUCUUCCCAGAUAUACCCAAUAGUAUCCCAAGUAGCCACAUCACACCACCAUUGUCGCCUACCUUUCUUGCAAAAAACGGCUAUCAUUCUGACUUGUCACGAAAGUCUCCUUCUGCUAUCACUGUAAAGGAUAACAUAUGUAUUAUCAAUAUACAUUCGAAUAAGAAAAGUGUUAGCCAUGGGUUCUUGGCCAAGAUUUUUUCAACUUUGGAUGAUAAUAAUAUCAUAAUUGAUUUGAUAUCAACCUCAGAAGUCCAUGUAUCCCUAGUCCUAGGUUGUGAUGUACCCGAGCAUUCAUUCAGCAAGGCCCUGGGUGAAUUGAAAAAACUCGGAAAGGUGAACAAAAAAAACCACAUGGCUAUCGUGUCUUUGGUGGGUAAGCAAAUGAAGAACACAGUGGGAGUUGCUGCCGAGAUGUUUUCUGCUCUUGCGUCUGCAAAUAUAAACAUUGAGCUAAUCUCACAAGGUGCAUCUGAAAUCAAUAUAUCGUGUGUUGUCAAAGAAUGUGAUUCCAUUACAGCCAUGAGGGUUAUUCAUGAGAAGCUACUUGAUGCAGAACCAUGCGUUGAUUCUUACUUUUAA